CCAACGGCAGAGGGCCCGUUUUCAAGAGCAGCGCUAGCCUUACGUAGGAAUGGAGAGGCGUGAGGGAGAUCGCAGCCUGUCUGGGCGUAAUUAACGUAUUCACGGCGGGCCGCACCCGGCGAGGCAUUUCCCAGCUAAAACUUUUGCAUCCACCGCGGACCCGACUGUUUGGCAGUGCUUCCGGAGUGCGAAAAGUUGGGCACCAUCGCAGGAUCAUACGAGCGAGACGGCAGAAUGUCGGUCAUUAUCGGGCAAGCACCUAUCAACCUUGGGCCGUUGACGACAACCUUUACGCCGCCCGCCGCAUGCACGGUCGCGGUUGGCGAGCGGCGGAACGCGCUGGCCGACUUCUUCGGAAUCGGCGGCGAUAAGGAUGUUGCCUUCCUCGGGCAAGGGUGUUCCGGAGGCAAGCCCUACGAUGCCACGUCGUGUUGGCCCGCAACGUCCAAGGGCGUGGAGGAGAAGGAAGCGCCACUGUCCGGCUGGGGAUUCUAUUCACCCGGGCUGCAUUGCCCCGUCGGGUACGCGACGGCGUGCUCGGCGACAGGAGGGAGCGGCGGAGGGUCGGGCUGGCCGGUCCAGUUCAAGUUACGUGACGGCGAGACGGCGGUUGGCUGCUGUCCGAGUGGUUACGGCUGCGCCAACAUCAACGGCCAGACUUGCACCAUGAUAGCCACAUCCACGGCGGUUCCCAUAGUCACCUGCAAAGGCAGCACCACCGGCGACGUUGAGACUCAAACCGUACCGGACGACAAAGCGUCCAUCACGGCCUUCAGCCUGCUGGCACCCAUGAUCCAGAUCAACUGGCAGAGCAGCGACCGGCCCGCAUCCACCACCAGCACCAGCGCCCGCCCGAGCCGGACGGAGGCAACAAGAACUUCGACCUCGAGUCGAGACAAAACGGACUCGACGGAAACCACUCGCACCAGCGCAACCUCGAGCACCGAGACCCUCAUUCUCGACGACAGCCCGCAAACCACUGGAACAGUAACAGGCACGGAGGCCAAAGGCGUGGACGAGCCAACAGGCACGCCGACACUGCAAGAUGCCGACGACUCUUCCUCCGACAGCGGUUCCCUUAGUUCCGGCAUGAAAGUGGCUAUCGGCGUGGCCGGGUCAGUAGCGGUCCUCCUGAUGCUCGUGUGCGCCUUGUUCUACUGCUGGCGGAGGCGCAAGAACCUCAGGGAGGAGCAGGAGCUGGACAGGUUAUACGGCAUGAAGCACACGAUGAACGACGGCGGCGACUUUACACACAAUAACGACAUACCCGGGUGGUACCGCGGGCAGAGGCUGGCGACACCGGCGAAGGAUCCGUUCGGAGGUUAUCCUGCGAAUUCCGGGCUGGGGACAGAGAUGGAGAGACCUGCAGCGCCCUAUUACCGGGCGUAUCGGCCGGCGUGACUGCUUUUUGCCUUUCUUCAUUCAAUUGAUCUCUUUGGUCUGAGUUUAUAUAAUAUAUUAUACCCUUAGAUUUAUGUUAGUUGUGUGUCAGCACAUCAUUCCUCCCGUCACUCUAUCGACCACUGCUCCUUGAUUCUUGUCCUUGCCCG